AUGUCGCUUGGAUUAGACGCCAUCUUCCAAAUACACGAGCCCACCUGUACCCGCUAUCAGCUCAGUUCUGUGGUUAAUACGCGGGCCAGCGUGAAGCCAUCAUUCAGAAUCUGUACGGUGUAUAAAACUGCAGGUCUCAACGAGGCCCACUUCUCUCAUCAACACCUUCCCAGUUCUCCCAGAUUCUCUCCCUCUCAAGUACAACAAGAAACAACCUGGAAGUAUGCCGCGACAGAGGUGGAGAAGACAAAUAGUGUCAUGUCGGAGGAUGAGGAAGACGGGGAAGAGGGGGACAGCGAAAUGUUGACUUCGGGGUCUCCAAGCGCUGGAGAUAGCGAUUCUGCCAGCACGGCAGAAACAGAGUCCGCGUGCGAUAACGCUGCCAACUCUGGUCCCCGUUCGAAAGGAUCCUCCGAUGGCAUCAAGCACGAAGUCAACAUUCUCGGCCACGAAAAGGCCAACGAUGAUGUAUCGUCCGUCUCGUGGAAAGAGGAUUUCGGUGGGAUCGUUGGGGAGGAGGGUGACAAUCUUGUCGAACAAGAGGCGGUCAUCACCCCUGACCAGCUCUCCGAGUGGGAGACCACGGGCGGAAGGGCCGAUGUGAUCGCUGCGUUUGAGGGUAAAAUGGUGUUGGAUGCUCCUCUCAAAUCUGUCCUCGAAUGGGCUGCUCCGAUUGUCUGGAAAAUGUUUUUGCGACAGGCUCCCCUUUGCUCUGCUGCCAAGCAGAAUCCUACUCAGCAUGCUCAUAAUCUCCCUCAAAAUACCCCGUGUCCUUCGUUUUUACCUGCUCUUUUGGAAAAGAGCAUGCCAAGUGGUAUGACGGCUUCGAUCGCCGUCACCUAUGCUCUGUUGUACAUGUACCGCAUCAAAUUUUGCUUUCAUUGUAAUGGUUCGACUCUAUCCGCCGAUCCCAAGUCCAACACCAACACCGUGGCUUCUUCCAACAGCAAUACUAUUACCAACAACGCCCCCCUAGUCCCUCCGGACUCGAUGGACGCCAUGCGUCAAAAGUCGCAAAAGUCGUUUGAAAAACCGACCAUGCUCGAACCGGGAUUGCAGUUCUAUACGAAGAGGUUAAAAUUGUGUCGUUUUGACGGGUCUCAGUCGCACCUUGAGCACUACGUUGGGUGGUAUGCAGUGACUGAGCAGCUCGUAGAGUUUGGUGCGGACUUCCAUCACACGUUUGGGUGUCUGUUCUUGGAUGAUCAUGUCGGCUACAUGGUGACAGUACGUUUCCCAAUCCGGUUUGGCGGGUUGAAUGUUGGUCGCUGA